UCUCCAGCUUUUUUCAUUUUAUCUGCAAAAGUUUUGACUAGGGACCUUAAUUUUUUAAUGGAAAAUGACAGAUAUAAAGGAUUUGACGUGCCAAAAUGGAGUUACAAGAUCAAUCAUCUUGCUUAUGCAGAUGAUACCAUUAUAUUUACUUCUGCUGAUUCAGUUUUUUUGAAGAUGAUCAAGAAUACCCUACAAGAGUACGAGAAGGUAUCUGGACAGAUGAUUAAUGUUAGCAAAUCAUUUUUCUACAUGCAUCAAAAGGUUGUAGAUGCAUUAGUUCAAGAGGUGGCUUCAAUUACAGGUUUUCAAAGAGUAGUAAGGAAGAAGUCAGAAGCAGACACUAGACAUCUUGGCUCAAAUUGUGCUUACUAACAGAUGAAGGAGGAAUGGGUUUUAGAACCUCAUUCUGAUACUUUGUUUUCGCAACGAUGGUGGAAUUUCAGAACAUCAGGCACAUUAUGGUCCUUUUUUAUGUGGAACAAAUAUUGCAAGAAGAAAAUUCCAACCAUGGUAUCAUGGAGGAGAGGCUCACAACUUUGGAAGAAGAUGCUUGAAGUCAGAGAUGAAGUGGAACAUAAUAUUUGGUGGGACCAAAGAAUGGCUCAACAAGCUUUUGGUAUGAUAAUUGGUCCAAGUUGGGUCCUUUAUAACAACUUGUACCAAUAGAUCAGGGGACUACUGAUGUAGAAGUAAAACAAUUCUGCCAGGGUGAAAGGUGGAAAGAAGAUCUGCUAUCUUAGCAUUUACCAAACAAUUUGGUAAAGUACAUUCUUUAGAAAUAUCCUAUGAGAGUGCAUUCUGUAAACUAAUGGUAAAUAUAUAGUAAAAAGUGCUUGGGAAGCUAUAAGGUAUAAAGAGGAUAAACAAUGGUUCUUUAAGCAGAUGUGGUUGAAUGGUUCACCUUUCAAGAUAUUCUUUUUUAUGUGAAGAGUGUGGAUGAAAAAA